AUGGCGAAAAGCUUUGGAUUUCUAGUUUCUCAGGAGGUAUUGCUAAAAUGCCCAAGAGGAAACAAUUCAGAUAUCAUCCAGUGUGAUGAUGUUGGAAACCUGAAAGUGAAUAAUGGCACAAGAGGAAACAUAGGUAAUAAGGACACAGGCCGCUGUAUUUCCAGAGCUGCAGACCAGACAGUAGUAUGCCCAUCAGAAUGGCUCAAAUAUCAAGGGAAGUGUUAUUGGUUCUCUGCUGAGAUGAAAACUUGGCGUGACAGUUAUGUGUACUGUUUGGGAAGAAAAUCUCAUCUACUGAUCAUACAGGAUCAACCCGAAAUGGCUUUUAUACAGAAAAACCUGAAACAUUCAAACUAUGUGUGGAUUGGCCUUAACUUUACCUCCAUGAAGAAGACCUGGACUUGGGUGGAUGGUUCUCCAUUAGAUCCAGAGAUGUGA